GGCUGGCCGAGUGUCCCAUGUGCUGCUUCCGGUUCCACUGGGAAACACGCGUCUGAGCUGCGGCGGGGACUCGGCCGUGACGGACGGGGGUCUGCGUUUCCCAAGAACUGGCCCGGGAGCCCAUCUGCAGCCACCAUGUCGGGCAGGAACAACAACAAGCUGCCCAGCAACCUGCCGCAGUUGCAGAACCUCAUCAAGCGGGACCCGCCGGCCUACACCGAGGAGUUCCUCCAGCAAUACAAUCACUAUAAAUCCAAUAUGGAGAUUUUCAAGUUACAACCAAAUAAACCCAGCAAAGAUCUGGCAGAGCUGGUGAUGUUCAUGGCACAGAUUGGCCACUGCUACCCGGAGCAUCUCAGCAACUUCCCGCAGGAGCUGAAGGAGCUGCUCUCCUACAAUCACACCGUCUUGGACCCGGAUCUCCGCAUGACAUUUUGCAAAGCGUUGAUCUUGCUGCGAAAUAAAAAUCUCAUCAACCCAUCGAGUUUGCUGGAGCUCUUCUUCGAGCUUCUGCGCUGCCACGACAAGCUCCUGCGGAAGACCCUGUACACACACAUAGUGACUGACAUCAAGAACAUCAACGCCAAGCACAAGAACAAUAAAGUGAACGUGGUGCUGCAGAAUUUCAUGUACACCAUGCUGAGGGACAGUAACGCCACUGCAGCCAAGAUGUCUCUGGAUGUGAUGAUCGAACUCUACAGAAGGAACAUCUGGAACGAUGCUAAAACUGUCAAUGUUAUCACCACUGCCUGUUUCUCCAAGGUCACCAAGAUAUUAGUUGCUGCUUUGACGUUCUUCCUCGGGAAAGAUGAGGAGGAGAAACAGGACAGUGACUCAGAAUCCGAGGACGAGGGCCCCACAGCGAGGGACCUGCUGGUGCAGUAUGCCACGGGGAAGAAGGGCUCCAGGAACAAGAAGAAGUUGGAAAAGGCAAUGAAAGUGCUCAAGAAACAAAAGAAGAAGAAGAAACCGGAAGUGUUUAACUUUUCAGCUAUUCACCUGAUUCACGACCCCCAAGACUUUGCAGAAAAGCUUCUGAAGCAGCUCGAGAGCUGUAAGGAGAGGUUUGAGGUGAAGAUGAUGCUCAUGAACCUCAUCUCCAGACUGGUGGGGAUUCACGAGCUUUUCCUCUUCAACUUCUACCCCUUUGUGCAAAGGUUUCUGCAGCCCCACCAGAGAGAAGUCACGAAGAUCCUGCUGUUCGCUGCACAAGCCUCUCAUCACCUGGUGCCGCCAGAGAUCAUUCAGUCAUUGCUCAUGACGGUGGCCAACAAUUUUGUUACUGACAAGAACUCUGGGGAAGUCAUGACCGUAGGAAUCAAUGCUAUAAAGGAGAUAACUGCCCGAUGUCCUUUGGCCAUGACUGAAGAACUUCUCCAGGACCUGGCUCAGUAUAAGACACACAAAGAUAAGAACGUAAUGAUGUCUGCCAGAACUUUGAUUCAUCUCUUCCGGACACUGAACCCUCAGAUGCUGCAGAAGAAGUUCCGGGGUAAACCUACUGAAGCCUCCAUUGAAGCAAGAAUACAAGAAUAUGGAGAGUUAGAUGCUAAAGACUACAUUCCAGGAGCAGAGGUUCUAGAGAUUGAGAAAGAAGAGGAUUCAGAGAACGAUGAAGAUGGAUGGGAAAGUGCCAGCCUCAGCGAGGAGGAGGAGGAGGAUGGUGAAUGGGUUGAUGUGCACCACUCUUCCGACGAGGAACAGCAAGAGAUUGCUAAGAAGCUGGACAGCAUGCCCAUUGAGGAGCGGAAAGCCAAAGCUACAGCCGUCAGCACGAGUCGGGUGUUAACACAAGACGACUUCCAGAAAAUCCGCAUGGCCCAGAUGAAGAAGGAGAUGGAUGCUGCCCCUGGGAAAGCCCAGAAAAGGAAAUACGUCGAAAUCGACAGUGAUGAGGAGUCCAGGGGUGAAUUGUUGUCUCUUCGGGACAUUGAACGCCUUCAUAAGAAGCCCAAGUCUGACAAGGAAACAAGACUAGCAACUGCCAUGGCAGGAAGGACAGACCGAAAGGAAUUUGUGAGGAAGAAAACCAAAAUAAAUCCAUUUUCCAGUUCCACAAAUAAAGAGAAGAAAAAACAGAAGAACUUUAUGAUGAUGCGAUAUAGCCAGAAUGUCCGGUCAAAAACCAAGCGCUCCUUCCGGGAGAAGCAGCUGGCACUACGAGAUGCCCUUCUGAAAAAGAGGAAAAGAAUGAAGUAACCUACGAGCAAGUUGCCCAUUUCCCGCUAAAUGCUAAGUGUGUGUCAUCAUGCUGGAAAUUAGUAAAUACGUGUUUACAUUAAAAGGCCAAGAAACACUGUAUUUUGGAAACUGAAGUCACAGUUGUAGCAAUUUGGUAUUUUUAAUUUGGAGGUGGGGCUGGUGGGAAUGAGAAAUGUAAAUAGUAGUGACGUUAAAAACCUCAUUUUGAACUCAGCAAUACCAAGUGCCUACUGAUCGUUGCUGCGUGCAGAGCCGAGUGAGCCGGAGCCCUCUGUGAGGGCAGGUGCAUGUAUAUAGGUGUUUAUAGUGAGCUGUCAGGAGUUCCGUCCUGGCAGUUGGUCCACACUCCUGGGGUCGCUGCGGCUCCUGGACCGACUGCAGGGGUGGAGUUACACAUGCUCUUCAAUGGGACAUUGUUACAAGAGUAAGAGGUUCUUACUUGUAAAUAGGCUUACCCGCUGAUCGGGUUCCUGCUGUACAGACGGGCAGACAAUCGGGCGCUGCUUUUUUUUUUUUUUUUUUUUUGUAAAGAGUUUUGGCUAAGACCUCAUUUUUCAAGUCGCCUUAAGUCUAAAUAGUGAUUUUGAAAUGUCUUGCAGGGUGCGGUGGCACACACCCAUAAUCCCAGCAUUUGGAAAGCUAAGGCAGGAGGCUCGUGGGUUUAGAACCAGCUUGGGACAUACCGAGCUAGUCCAGGGGCAGCCUGGGCUGCAUAGGGAAACUCCAACCAGAAGCACAGGUGUCUUUGAGCUUUCUUUCCAUUUCUUUCCUGUUCUCUGCUGGCUGUUCCUGUUGGGGUUUUGUUGCUGUUCUGCUGUGCUGGGGGUCAGCCCCGGGCCUGGUAAUUAGCACGAGGUGGAUUCUCUGCUGCUGAGCUGCUCGCCAGCCCUGAGUGCCUGCUCUUCACUUCGGCUUGAUCAGUCUCUUCAUUCUCAGCUCAGCCCAUUGCUUGCCUUGUUCUCAGCCAAAGCUUAUUGGGUUUUAAUGUCAGGUGGGUGUGUGCAGUGAACAGUCACGCUUGAGUCCCUCGUGGGACACCGUCUGUGUGCAGACUGCUGGAUUUAGAAAUAGCAAUGCCUUUUGCCUCAGAUGGCUUAGGUAAUCUUGUAGAGAAAGCGUUCCAUGUUUGGAUUAGAGGAAAGGUCAGAUUUCCGCCCCUCGGAAUUGGUAGAAGCUUCUGAGGUUGGCUUUGCUUCCCCUUUUCAUUGUUCGGUUUCCAAGUGCACCCUUGGUUUUCUUCAUCCCUGUCACUUCCCCCGUGGUGCCCUGGGUCACUGUCGGGAUUGCCCGGCAGCCUCACCCAGCACAGCUGCGGAGGAAGGGUCCAGUGCAGACUCGUGUCGGACCUGAGACCGCCUUUUUUCCCGUGUUCUUCUGAAAUGAGCUGAGACUCCAGCUGCGGCUGGGCUCUGUGCUUUGUUAACGCCUCCUGCCCCACCCCAGCUCCUGGGAUUUCGGGUGCGCGCUGCCAUGCCCAGCUCCUGGACUACCAGGGGUCAUACUCAGGCCUCGGCAAUCCAGAACACCGGCACAUUGCCGCUAUGGCACUAGCAGAUUUCACUGGUAAAGAAGUGCCCCGGAAGACAGUCACCUCUUCUCUGCCGCAUCCCAGGUGCUGGUCAAGUGUCUUGAACACCCGAUUAACCCUGCCUGCCAAGGCUGUCUGUAAGUGUUACACCACCUACCUCUCUCAGGAAUUGUGUUUUGGUGGUUAGGUUUUAGUUGUUUUUUUCUUUUUUCUUGUAAUAGUUAAGUUGCUGUGUUUAUUUUAACUACCAAGUCUAGUGUUCAGGCAGCUAGUUUGAAAUACAUGUUGACUGCCCACUGUGUGUAAAGCACCGUGAGGUGCUUGUGGCUGCACACACAGUAUCUGUCAUGUUGAAACUUGGAGUCCAUUGAGGGAAGCGUGGUGGUCCAUGCAGAGACGGCUGUGCGUCAUCAGGGUCAGUCACUUCCGGUAGACUAACUCACCGCGUCUUCACACCGUACCCUCAUCCAUGUGGCUUCUGUCGCAGCAUCCCGAUGCCCAUGGUGGGCAGGGCCCCACUGUAGAAAACCUGUUCUUGAGUCCUGUGAUUAGGUCAGUGUGGUGUCGCCAUAAUUUUUAAAGGUUACAGUUAAUACAAAUGUUUUUAUUCAUAUUCUAAUUCAUUGAAAAUUUAUAAUGUACAUAGAGUAUUACAUUGAAAUUCUAGUUUAAUUAAAACAUGUAAUUGUUCUGAGUAUUUUUUAAACUGUAUAUAGAUAACGAUGCUCUUCCAAGUAGUGUCCUCUCAUUAAUUCCUUGCAUGGUUUUGGAGUGUAUUUUCCAAGAUUGGAGUUUAACCGGGCACGGUGACAUACACCUGUCGUCCCGGCCCUCGGGAGAAUGAGGCAGGCAGGAAGCUGCUGUGAGUCAGGCCAUGCUGGAUACACGGCAGGACAGCAGAACCCAGUCUGGGGAGGGCGUGUGAAACAGAAGAGCAGAGAGAUCCGGACCACAAGAAAGAAGGUCCAGACAGCACCUGGACUCGGGGUCAGGCCCGGCCGGGCUCCAGGGAUGGCUACCCCCUUCCUGGUCGCCUGGUCUUCACCUCUGUAGUGAUGGCGGCCGGGGACGCAGCUGCCUCUGGUGCAGUUAAGAAGCGUGCGCUUCGUUUGUAUGCGGCCCUGUGUGCUGUUUUCUCCUGCAGUCUGCUUGUGGGUUCUAGUGGUUAAAGUAUGGAAAAUCCAGUGUACAUGUGGGAGAUUAUAAAAACAUGCAGAAAAUGUGCCCACUAUUCAAGGGGGAGUCGGUGUUGGGAUCGUGUAUAAGAUGUGUUUUCUUUCUGCUUCCAUGGUGUGUGUUUUUAUGUCAUUGUGUAAGAAACAAAAAAAAUGAGAUGAGGAAUAAAGGUAUGUGGAGAAUCCA